CAUAAUCUCAAUCAUGUUCUCUGUAACAAUUCUCAUGGUUGCCUCAACACAACUAGGCCUGUUCUCUCUGGCCCUAGACACACCCAUCGUGAACUUGUUAGAUCAAAGUCUAGAUGUUCCGGGAUUGAUAAAGCAGUGAUUGAAACGCUACCUUUUUUCAGGUUUUCUUCACUCAAGGUCAAGCGAUCCAGAGAAGGCCUUGAGUGCCCAGUUUGCCUGUCAAAGUUUGAAGACAGUGAAGUUCUUCGGUUGUUGCCCAAGUGCAGGCAUGCAUUCUAUAUGGAUUGCAUCGAUAAAUGGGUAGAAAGCCAUUGCAGCUGUCCCUUUUGCAGGUAUAAAUUUGAAGUGUGGGAGCUUACAAGUUUCAAUUAUACGAACAGUCUGAGAUACUCUAGGAACCCUUCUAAUCAACCAGAGGAUCCAAGUCUUGAGCUCUUUGUUCACAGGGAAGAGGACCAUCAAAGUUCAUCAAGAUUCAAGAUGGCAAACAGUUUCCAAAGUUUUCCCAAACCUAAGAAAGAAGAUCUUGUAAUUCAAGAAGGAAACCAAACUGCAAGCUCAAGACUAUUGAUUCCAGCAGAGAACAGAUCAUUGUCAGAGAUCACCAACAUUUCGAGGUUCACAGAGUCCAGCACAAGAAACAGGAUCAAAGAAGGAAAUAAUGGAAGAGAAGAAAAGAUGAGGCGGCUUUGGCUCAAUAUAGUAAGGCAGACAGUUGAACGGUUCGCAGGCCGAGAAAGAAAUUCAGAGGAUUCAGAGAGCAAGAGAACACCAUCAAACAAAUGCAUUGUUGAAUAAAUGCAUUGUUGUUGAUACUGAGAUUGCAAGCUAGUUGACUUUGGCUAGGGAUUCCUCAGUCAAAUCUGUUAGUAAAUCAUAAUGCUUUCUACAAAUUCAGGAUGCGAGACAUGUUUUUGAGUUCUCAUGGGUUGUAGAUUGUGGUCAUGCCCGUGCUAACAAUUUACUUUUUUUGUUGAUAAGUAACAAUUUCCCAUAAUAUUAUCAAAUGCAGAAGACCAACUAGCUUAUUGUUCAUGCUAAUAAAUGUUGGCCCCUAUUUUUUCCCA